AUGGCAGCUGCGGGUGCUGGUUAUACUGAGCCUCACAAUGCAGACUGGUUAGCCACUGUUUCUCUUGGUAACCUUGCCAACAACAACAACCAUGAUCAAAACUCAGCUCUUCAAGCACUAUGGGCACCCUUUCUUCUCUUGCAUCUUGGAGGACCUGACACAAUUACUGCUUUCUCCUUGGAAGACAACAGCCUAUGGCUAAGGCACUUGCUGGGUCUCAUUGUUCAACCCCAAGAUCUGCAGCAUGUUCCUCAUGAUGAUGAAUUAGAAUUCAUCCACCGAGGUUACUCCUUGUUUAACAUUGUCAAGCGUCUCUAUGCCAAUCUAAGCCUGCGGUUCGCAGAAGGUCAAAGGAGCUACUCAAUCAUGGUAAUGAAGAACAAGAGAGUUAAUGAUGAACAACAGAGUAAUUAUGCCUUUAAAUUGGUUGAGGUCCAACUAGGCCUUCUCUAUGAUGUGUUAUACACCAAGGCACCUAUAAUUUAUUCUAUACCAGGCUGCAUUUUUCGGGUCAUCAGUUUCUCCUCUAUCUCAUCUGCUCUGAUAGGAUUUGUUAUGUUUGUUAACUCUGCAAACUAUUCAAGGGUUGACUAUUAUAUAACAAUUGUUUUAUUUGCUGGGGCUAUUUUGCUUGAAUUGUAUGCAUUUUUUUCUCUUAUUUGUUCUGAUUGGACUAUCCGUACCAAGAAUUGCAAAAGUUUCACAGAGUGGGCUCUGUCUCAUGGUAAAAAGAGGUGGUCAGGACACAUGGCUCAACACAACUUACUGAGUUUCUGCAUGAACAAGAGGGUACCAAUUUGGAUUGGAUAUGACUUUCUCUUCAGAACCUACUUUAAGCUAGAGUUGUUCUUCGAAAGGACUACGAAAGAAGUCGAUAAUGAUCUGAAAAUGUUGAUCUUUCAACACCUCCUGGAGAAACACACAGCAUACAAUGACAAAAGGUUUGAACAAAAGUUCCUCUUGGAAUUGCUUUCAUAUAGAGGAGGCUAUGCACUCAAAAAGAAAAGUAGCUGUUUUGAUGAGAUUGGUUGGAGUCUGGAGACUGAAUUUGAUCACAGCCUGCUUAUCUGGCAUGUGGCAACUGAUAUUUACUAUUAUUCCGAGCCGGCUCCGGAGGAGGAUGACAACAAAGAGCGGAAGGUAAGCAAGAUGUUGUCGGAUUACAUGCUGUACAUUCUACUUGUACAUCCAUUCUUGCUUCCGAAAUGUGUUGACAGGAUUAAAUAUGUUAGAGAUACAUUCAGGGAAGCCAUAAGAAUACUGCAUCGAAGACAAUUCCCGGUUGAAGAUGGUAAGGAUGCUUCUACAGCGUUGAUUCAUAUGUACUGGGAAAGUCUGCAGCCACUGGAAAAACAUGGAAAAGAAAGGAGCAGCAAGUCUUUGUUACUGAGUGGGUGCCAUCUUGCUUUACAGUUUAAAAAUGUUGGAUGUUCAUGGGAUACAAUUUGUCAGAUUGAUGGACAAAACCAAAAUGAUAAAGAUGAAGAUGGAGGAGAUGCAAUUAAGAUCGAAUAUGAAGAGAAGAAAGGAAAAUAA